GGAGGCAGGAGAGGAGCUAGUAAGCUUUCUGCUUCUGACCCUUCUCUUAUUUGGUGCAGAAACUGACUGGUGAAAUAUUUUUGCACCCACAGAAAUCCUGUUGCCUCUCUCUUCCAGGAAAACUAGAAGAAUGUUCUUAGAAGUAAUGCCUUACCUGGUUUGAAGAUCUAAGAGAGCUUUCUGUUUGCGUAAGGCAUAAAAGAAAAUGGAAGAAGAUGAGACUUUACAAGGUGAAAUGGAGAGGGCAGAAGUUGAAACACAUGCUACUCCUGAGAUCGGUCGUCAGAUAUCAGUUAGUGAGUUCCUUUGCCACUGCUGUUACGACAUCCUGGUCAAUCCCACCACCCUGAACUGUGGGCAUAGUUUCUGUAGACAUUGCCUAGCCUUAUGGUGGGUGUCGUCCAAGAAGAAUGAAUGCCCCGAAUGCAGAGAAAAAUGGGAAGGAUUCCCCAAAGUUAACAUCCUCCUCAGGGAUGUUAUUGAAAAGCUAUUUUCUGAUGCCAUUGAACAAAGAAAAGAAGAUAUUCAACAAAACAGUGAUGUAGCACGCAGCUUAGCAACCUUCCAAAAAUAUGGGAAUGACCAGAUCCCUACAGUUCCGAACCCAGGAAGAAUUAAUCCUCGAGGAGGAGGGUUUUUCUCAGGCGUUCUGACAGCUUUAACUUGUGUAGCAGUAGUUCUACUUGGAUAUCACUGGAGUAGCAGAGAAUUUGAAGAAGAUCAUCUUGUCCACAAGCCUGUUGCUAAAUGGACUGCUGAGGAAGUGAUACUUUGGCUAGAGCAGCUGGGCCCAUGGGCUUCACAUUAUAAAGAAAGAUUUUUACUGGAAAAAGUGAAUGGAAGACUCCUUCUAACACUGACAGAGGAGGAUUUCACAAAAGAGCCUUACAGUAUAGAGAACAGUAACCAUAGAAAAGCUAUUAUGGCAGAACUGGAAUGUGUGAAAACUUUAGGCGUUAAACCACCACAGAACCUUUGGGAAUAUAAGGCAGUAAAUCCAGGAAAAUCACUCUUUCUUCUGUAUGCACUGAAGAGUUCUCCAAGACUCAGUAUGUUAUACCUAUAUUUGUUUGAUUAUGGAGAAGCUUUCCUACCUUUCAUCCACACAAUUUGCCCUAUGCAAGAAGACAAGUAUGAAGAUAUUGUCACAAAACUACUAGACCUUAAAGAUCCUUCUUGGAAACAGUGGAGAGAAUUCAUUGUAAAGUAUGUAUUUUUGCCAUACCAGUUGAUAGCUGAAUUUGCUUGGGAUUGGCUGGAUGUGCACUACUGGACAUCAAGAUUUAUAAUUGUAAAUGCCAUGUUGCUCUCUGUUCUGGAAUUAUUCUCCUUUUGGAGGCUCUGGUCAAGAAGAGAAUUGAAGACUAUUCCUCACAGAAUGUGGAGACAUUUCUGGAAAGUCUCAACCCAGGGUCUUUUUGUUGCCAUUUUUUGGCCUUUUAUUCCUCAGUUUGUCUGCAAUUGUUUGUUUUACUGGGCCUUGUACUUUAACCCAAUUAUAAACAUUGAUCUUGUGGUUAAAGAAGUAAGGCGUCUGGAGACACAAGUGCAGUGACUGGCAUUGGAACUUUUGAGCUGUUUAGCUUCCAUUUCAAACGGACAUUUGAAAUAAGCCUUGCUUUUCUUCUUUAUAUAUGUGGCAGUGAAAGUGGUGGAUUAUGUUAACUUAAACAUACAAAAAAGCCUUAAGGUAAGUUACUCUUAAACCAGCUGAUUCCAAAUCUGAGGAUGGGCUUUAACUGGAAAAAAAAAAAUUACAAUCCUGAUUUAGCCAUGUAAAACUAAUGCAGUCAUGUCACCCUAUUUUUGAUCAAAUCAAACUUUUCUAUUCUGUCUUGAGCAUUCUGGUUAUUUUCAAGCCUGCCUUAAAAUCAGCGUCUUCUGAACAGCUACAGUGAUUUUUUUUUUUAUUUUUAUUUUUUUUUUUUAAACUUAGCCUUUCAUACCAGCAAUGUGUUCCUCAACUUAAGUUUGCCAAAGGAAAGCUCUUCCUGGAUAGGCUUGAUAUUGAAAGUGCUUCAGUGUCUUCAGUCUGCUUUACAUGUAAAGUUGUGACAGUCAAAUACACAGUCUCACAGUAGAGUUUGUUCUAAAAUUCCCACUGUUGGAGGCAAAGACUACUUGAGUUUUCUUGUUUUUUGGAAAAUGUGAUUGCCAUUCAAAAUUUUUUAUUCAGAUCAGUUAGACUUCAUCAGUAGCUUCUUUAAAUGCUCUCCUCUUGAAGUCUGUUGCUAAUUCUUAAAUUGAGGGUUAUCUCUUAAAAAGGAUUAUUUUGGAAAAGUGACCUGACAUUGUAAUUACAUCUUACUGCAAUAUAAUCUGUGUAUCUAGAGCAAAUAUUGAUUGGAAAGUUAUUUUGUGUAAACAGGAUUGCCAUUUUUUAAUGUGUGGUUUUUGACUGAAGCGAAAGUUAGAUUUUUCAAGAGCUUUGACCCCUUGCAUUCUACAUUGUUUUUUUUUUUUUUUAAUUUGUAUCAUUAAUAUGAACUUUAAAUUUGCCUAUGAAUAUUUUUAAAGAUUAAAGAUCUCUUUUGAAAUCUUAA